CCCAAAUACAGGUAUUUAUUUGAACUGAAGGAAGAUGAUGAUGCAUGUAAAAAAGCCCAGCAGACAGGAGCAUUUUACCUCUUUCAUAGCCUGGCUCCUUUGCUUCAGACUUCAGCACAUCGAUACUUGGCCCCUCGGCAUAGCCUGUUAGAGUUGAAAGGGCUCUUGGGUAAAUUUGGACAGGAUGCACAAAGAAUAGAAGAGUCUGUGCUGAUUGGAUGCUCUGAACAGCAUGAAGCAUGGUUUGCUCUGGAUCUAGGUCUGGACAGCUCCUCUUCCAUAAGUGGCCCGUCUUUGUAUUCCUAGGCUCAGGCUCUUCUCCACUGGCAUCAUACACAUCAGUUCUGCAGCAGAAGUGGGCAGCCCACCAAGAAGAACAUGGCUGGCAGCAAGCGUGUGUGCCCUUCCAAUAAUAUCAUCUAUUACCCACAGGUGGCUCCUGUGGUGAUCACGCUGGUGUCAGAUGGGACCCGAUGCCUGCUUGCCCGCCAGAGCUCCUUUCCCAAGGGAAUGUAUUCUGCCUUGGCAGGUUUUUGUGAUAUAGGUGAAAGUCUGGAAGAGACUGUCCGGCGGGAAGUUGCAGAAGAGGUGGGAUUGGAGGUGCAAAGUCUGCAGUACUCUGCAUCCCAGCACUGGCCCUUUCCUAAUAGCUCACUCGUCAUUGCUUGUCAUGCAACUGUGAAACCAGGGCAGACAGAGAUCCAUGUGAACUUGAGAGAAUUAGAGGCAGCUGCCUGGUUUAGUCAUGAUGAGGUGGCCACAGCCCUGAGGAGGAAGGGCCCCAAUGUUCAGCAGCAGAAUGAGACUUUCCCAUUCUGGCUGCCCCCCAAAGUAACCGUUGCCCACCAACUGAUUAAGGAGUGGGUAGAAAAACAGACCUGUUCUUCUCUGCCUGCUUAGCCCAGAUCAAGUCAUCCAGAUCCCUCUCCUUGGUAUGCCUGAGGGGCGCACCAGAGAUCGAUUGACAAAGGGGAAGUGACAAAGGCCAGCUUCAGGCCAACCUCGUAAGGCAGAGCAGAAGGUGAGCCUAUAGUGGGACACCUCUAUCAGUAGUGUCAAUGAAAGAAGUUCCUACUAAUAAGCAAUUAAAAAUGCCAGUGUGAGAAGAAAAACUGAUGAGAUGUCAACUAUCAAAAUUAGAGGGAAGGCCAGGUGUGGUGGCUCAUGCCUAUAAUUCUAGCACUUUGGGAGA